AUGGAAAACUUGGAAUUGGAGGACUUUGACUUGGAGAACUUGGACUUGGAGGACUUGAAAUUGGAGGACAUGGACUUGGAGGACUUGAACUUGGAGGUUUUGUACUUGGAUGACUUGGAUUUGAAGGAAUUGAACUUGGAAAACUUGGAAUUGGAGGACUUUGACUUGGAAAACUUGGAAUUGGAGAACUUGGACUUGGAGGACUUGGACUUGGAGGUUUUGGACUUGGAUGACUUGGAUUUGAAGGAAUUGGACUUGGAAAUAGAGCACUUCGACUUGAAGAACUUGGACUUGGAGGACUUGGACUUGGAGAACUUGGACUUGGAGGACUUGAAAUUGGAAAACUUGGAAUUGGAGGACUUCGACUUGGAGAACUUGGACUUGGAAAACUUGGAAUUGGAGGACUUCAACUUGGAGAACUUGGACUUGGAGGACUUGAAAUUGGAGGACAUGGACUUGGAGGACUUGAACUUGGAGGUUUUGUACUUGGAUGAUUUGGAUUUGAAGGAAUUGAACUUGGAAAACUUGGAAUUGGAGGACUUUGACUUGGAAAACUUGGAAUUGGAGGUCUUGAAAUUGGAGGACUUGGACUUGGAGAACUUGGACUUGGAGGACUUCAACUUGAAGGAUUUGGGAACUUGA